AUGCUCCUCCUCGGGCUGCUGCUGCUGACCCUGCUGGCUGGUGCCCGCCUGCUGUGGGACAAGUGGAAGUUCCGCAGCCUCCAUCUCCCGCCUCUCGUGCCAGGCUUCCUGCACCUGCUGCAGCCCAACCUUCCCCUCUACCUGCUGGGUCUGACCCAGAAACUGGGGCCUGUCUACAGGCUCCGCCUUGGUCUGCGAGAUGUGGUGGUGCUGAACUCCAAGAGGACCAUCGAGGAAGCCAUGAUCAGGAAGUGGGUGGACUUCGCCGGCAGACCCCAGACAGCAUCCUAUCAGCUGGUGUCUCAGCACUUCCCAGACCUAUCCCUCGGGGACUACUCCCUGCUCUGGAAGGCUCACAAGAAGCUUACCCGCUCAGCCCUGCUGCUGGGCCUCCGCAACUCCAUGGAGCCGCUGGUGGAGCAGCUGACCCAGGAGUUCUGUGAGCGCAUGCGAGCCCGGGCCGGCACCCCUGUGGCCAUACAGGAGGAGUUCUCUUUCCUCACCUGCACCAUCAUCUGUCACCUCACCUUCGGAGACAAGGAGGACGCCUUGGUACAUGCUGUUCAUGACUGUGUCCAAGACUUGAUGAAAACCUGGGAGCACUGGUCCAUCCAAAUUUUGGACAUCAUUCCCUUUCUCAGGUUCUUCCCCAACCCAGGCCUCUGGAGGCUGAAGCAGGCCUUGGAGAACAGGGACCACAUGGUGGAGAAGCAGCUGAGGCAGCACAAGGAGAGCAUGGUGGCAGGCCAGUGGAGGGACCUGACUGACUAUAUGCUCCAAAGACUGGGGAAGCCAACAGCAGAAGAGAGCCACGGACAGCUCCUUGAAGGACAUGUGCAUAUGUCUGUGGUGGACCUGUUUAUUGGUGGCACUGAGACCACGGCGACCACCCUCUCCUGGGCCGUGGCGUUCUUGCUUCACCACCCUGAGGUUCAGCAGCGACUGCAGGAAGAGCUGGAUCGUGAGCUGGGCCCUGAAGCUUCAGGCUCCCAAGUCCCAUACAGAGACACCGCCCGGCUGCCCUUGCUCACGGCCACCAUCGCGGAGGUGCUGCGCCUGCGGCCGGCCGUGCCCCUGGCCUUGCCGCACCGCACCACUCGGCCCAGCAGCAUCUUGGGCUACGACAUCCCUGAGGGCAUGGUCGUCAUCCCCAACCUGCAAGGCGCCCACUUAGAUGAGACAGUCUGGGAGCGGCCCCAAGAGUUCUGGCCUGAUCGCUUCCUGGCCCCCGGCGCCAGCCCCAGAGUGCUGGCCUUCGGCUGCGGGGCACGCGUGUGCCUCGGGGAGCCACUGGCGCGCCUAGAGCUCUUCGUGGUGCUGGCACGGCUGCUCCGGGCUUUCACGCUGCUGCCACCCGGGGGCACCCUGCCCUCCCUGCAGCCCCGGGCCCACUGUGGCGUCAACCUCACCAUGCGGCCUUUCCAGGUGCAGCUGCAGCCCCGGGGGGCGGGGGCCCGGGCGCUGGGCCAGCACCCAUGA